UCUGUGAACUGAUAACAUGGGAAAUAUUUAGAGGAGCCUAUGGGGGCUGGAAAUCGACAUCUGGGAGGGAACCUUUGCUGACAAUAAAGUUAUGCAACAAGAAGAGAGGAGGGGAGUUUGGAGACAGCAGGAAGAGAAGCCAGAGGAACAAAAAGCAGCAGAAUGUCAAUGAAUCUUGAGAAGAUGGUAUUGCCUCCUCGGCCAGAGCUGUUUGAUUUCCACGGAGUCUCAAUGAUUCAUUAUUUUACAGACAACUGGGAUAAUUAUCAGAAUUUUCAGGCAAGACCCGAUGACAUACUCAUUGCAACAUAUCCAAAAGCAGGGACUACAUGGGUUUCAUACAUUCUGGAUUUGCUGUACUUUCGUGAGUCACAAGAGGAUCGUCUGACCACCAUCCCAAUCUAUGAAAGAGUACCUUUCCUAGAAAUCAGCGUCCCAGGUUUAUUUUCAGGUAAGGACCUGGUUGAUAAUCUCACUACAUCCCCACGACUCAUCAAAACUCAUCUUCCGGUCCAGUUUGUUCCAAAGUCGUUCUGGGAGCAAAACUGUCGGAUUGUUUAUGUAGCUCGAAAUGCAAAGGACAACAUGGUGUCCUUCUACCACUUUGAUCGCAUGAACAAGGUUGAACCAGAACCUGGAGAGUGGAGCUCUUUCUUCCAAAGAUUUUUGGAUGGAAAGAUGGUGUUUGGCUCCUGGUACGACCAUGUGAACGGCUGGUGGAAGAAGAAAGAAACUUAUUCUAAACUCCACUACAUGUUCUUUGAAGAUCUGGUUGAGAACACUGGACAGGAAAUAGACAAACUCUGCAAUUUCCUUGGUUUAUCUCCUUCAGCCAAGGAUGUAGAAACCCUCUCAAGUUCGGUGCAGUUUGAUAACAUGAAAAAGGACAAGAUGGCCAAUUAUUCCACAACCCCAGUUAUGGAUUUCAAGAUUUCUCCUUUCAUGAGAAAAGGAAAAGUUGGUGAUUGGAAGAAUCACUUCACUGUGACUCAGAAUGAAGCGUUCGAUGAAGACUACAAGAAAAAGAUGACAGAUCCCACGCUGCAGUUCCGCACUGAAAUCUGAAGAACUCACACUGCAACACACUGUUUCUUAACAGAUUAUGGCAAUGGUGUUAAAAAACAGCAUGUAAUUAAGGUUGUAGACUGUAUUCUAUUUUGUUGCAUAGAUUGUGAUUGAAUUUUAACUUUAAAUGAUAUACUUUUGCAGAAGGAAUGUUUGAGAUUUAUGUAUUUAAUUUUUUCUUGUUCUAAUCAAUUAUAAAUACAAAGGUGUAUACAAUCAAA